AUGAAUCGCCCAAAAUAUAAAUCAAAGCUCAGGAGAAAUACGAUAAUUGAAGAGAAAAAUCGCUCAAAGUUAUUAAAUGAACAUAUUAAAUAUAGUUUGAAAAUAAAAAAUAAGCUUUCAGAUGUAAACCGUGCUAAAUUAAACGCCGCAUAUGAAAUAGAAAAUAAGCAAGAUCAGCUUUCAAAAGUUGAUGAUAAUGAUGAUCUAAAUAGGAAUUUUGAUCAUUUAAAAUGGAGGGAAAGAGAAUAUAAUCGACUGAAAAGGGAAUAUUUGGAUUACAUAGGUAAUUGUAAAAGCAAUCGCACUUUAGAUUAUAUAUUCCAAUAA